AUGACACCGUGGCAUAUUAUUUCGACUCUCCUGCCCUCACUUGUGUUUCGUCUGGUGCUGGAGAGGAGAGUCAUGUUGGCUCUGGGUGAAAACUUUUUUCUGAUUGCUUUCACGCAGUUUGCAGAGCGCUCUUGGGUAACAGUUCUAAUUGUUGCCGCAAUCUUUGUCACAUUCGCUUUCUUGCAAACUCAAUUAGAGUAUCGUGAUUCGGUGCAGGACAUACAUUCGAACGCAGCCCAACGUGGCUGCCCUGCGCAUAUCACUCGUCACGAAAACGAAGAUUCAAACUACUGCAUACCCCGACAAGCUCCGAUUCCGAAGAGCAAUGGCGAGCCCCGGACCGCGAAGUCUUUUCACGGUAGGGUCACGAUGUUUCCGUGCGAUCUUCGUCACCUGCGCCGGUCCGGCUUCAAAGACGACUAUCACCAUUCGUAUCUUUACGUUGGGUAUCCAGUCGGCCUGCGUGCCAGCUAUAGCCCCUUGGUCGCAGUGGAGGAGCCACCUUUUCGACCUCGGUCCUUGCUGCCGAUCAAAAAAGCAUGGUUCAGUAUCAGACCCGAGGAUCACGCCUUCAACGGUGACGCAAACCUGUCGAUGGCUCAAAAGUUAGAAGAGUUUCUCUUAUCUGAGGGAGAGGAUCCUGCUGAGUGGCCGUAUGCGUACAUUUUAGCACCCCCUAGUGUUACAUGGCAACUGAAUAACCCGCUCUCGUUCUGGUACCUGUACAACAACAGAAAGGAGCUCACUGCAAUGAUUGUACAGCUUCAGACGUCAUAUGGCGAGCGCAGGAUGUGGCUCACGCGGAAUUGCCGAACUGACGCGCCCGGGAAUGGCCCCUACUGUUUUCAAGGAAAAUUCGACAAGGAUCUACAGGUCUCGCCCUUCACCCCCCUCACAGCGAGCUAUGUCAUUGAUUCGUCUGAUCCGUGCGCAGCUCCGCUGGACAAGCUCAAGCUCAUGGUCACAUUGAAAAGAGGAAGAGAAACGGUCAUAAAUGCUGUCGUCAACACUACCGGGCCGCCCCUUGACGCUGCCACUGCGAGUCUUGGCUCUUCUAUGCUCUUCCUCAUGAAGUGGUGGUGGGUCCCCAUGUGCAGCGUGGUGGUAUUCCGGAUUCUCUCUAAAGCUGCGAGGAUUUACCUGACGCAUAAUGAGAAAGAGCUUAACAUUCAGACAAGAGCAGAGCCUAUUACAACAGCUAUUGCGAAGUCUGCGCGACUUUCCGAGAGGUCGUUAGAAACAUACUUUUCCAGGAUCCUAUCCUCUUUGGUCCGCGGUCAGUCUCGUAUAAAGAGUGUGAAGUAUAUCACCUCAGGCGAGCACUGCGCGAGAACGCGUAUCAUACACUCGUAUCAACAACAUUCUCGCGAGAAAGGUCCACACUGUCCCGACGAAGAGGCAAAGAAGGAAGGGCUCGGACAGGUUGUCUUUAAAGUCAACACUCCAACCUUCUACGCCCGAUUCUUUCAUUAUAAGUCCCCGUUUGCAGCCAUGCAGAGUGAACUGCUUGAUGAUGAACGGAGCCGUACAGUGUGGUCGUCACAUCCGCAGGAAUUUGCCGCUCUGUUUCCGUGUGAUAUGGCGGGUGUCUGGUGUGAUCCUCUAGAUUGGCGUUGGAGGAUAAUAUCUAUGCUGCGGACUGCUCCCCCGAAGACCAAUUUUCCGCGUCGAACCCCGUACGAACCAUGCAGAGGGACAUCUUUGACCGACACCUUAGUUAUGCAACAAUGCUCCAGUGACCAAUUCCGCGAUUAUAGGCGAGCUUUAAUCCGAUUGUUCUUGGGGCACUGGAUAGGGGGUUUUCCGCUAGGUUUCAUUAAGGAGGGAGAUUUUGAACUGAUUGGGUUGAGCCGUGAUGCUAUCCUCGUUAUCUAUGAAGCAUUCCUCAAAGUUGGUCUUGUCUCGUUAGGUCUCUACCUUGCUGGAAGCAGCACGACCGAAGUGGCCAAUCCUACUGGUCUGCUUUCUGAAAUCCUAAGCUUGGCAGGGUUAAACAUUUGGGCAUGCUUGCGAUCUAUACUUUGA